CCAUGAAAGCGAUGGUUGCAAGCACAAGCACAAAUUCUGCACAAACAUGUGCUGAAACUGUGAACUACGCUUCAUGAUUUGAAUGUAAAACAUGUUGCAGCCCUGUGACUAGUGCCAGUGCUAACCUGUACCUAUUAUCAGUCGUGUUGGACUCUGCUUAUUACGAUAAAUUAACAGCUUUUAGACUAAGUUUCUCUGCUGCAAGUGUUCUCUCCUACUCUCUCCGCGCAGUUGAUACACUACAGGGCCCUCCUUUUUGAGGAGAGUUUCUUCCUCCAUGCUCCAUAAAAAGUCUUAACCUAAAAAUAAAAAUAAAAGACCUUAGUUCACAUGCUCACCCACAGAGUCACAGACGCAUGAGAAUGUUGAAUUAGAUAAACAACACCACAAAAAGUACACAGCCCACAGUAUGCGGUUUUAAUCGUCACCACUCACCAUGUCAAUCAACACUGAGGGCGCUGUUGCAGCGUCAUUCUCAAGAAGCCAGCAGCAUAUUCUACCCAUGGAGCAACAGUUUCUGGAUAUGUAUUUUACUGCACUCAGCAAUUUUGCUUACGACAGGGCAAAAGAACUUGUGGAGCAGGAGAAAGAAGCUGUUCGAUCCCAACCUCAGCUGAGUCUCUGGGGUAGCCUGGUCAAUGCCUUGUCUGUACUAGCAUCGGCAGAGAAGAUGUACAUGCACCUUGCCUUCUUUGAGCAGAAAUGGUUUGUCAGACGAGAUCAAUCUGGUAAAUGGCAGUUCUCAUCAGCUAUGAGUGACUUACGUCGAGUCGAGGUACGAGGGAAGCAAAGUGGCCAAGCAGCCAGCUCUGAAGAUAAACUCUUGUCACAUCUCUGUGAGCAGCUUGGACAUUUCAUCGAGGCUAGACAAGAAAUGAUGGAACUAUAUGAGAAGCUAUGUAAUAUGGGACUGCAGAAAGCUGAUAUAAAUGUAGCAGACCAGAUAGCCAUUGUGGAAAGUAUUAUAACCAGACACGCCAAGCAGUUCCAUCAUCCAAUCCUGAGCUCAAUCCGAGCCAAUCUAUCGUUGGAGCUGGAUGCUCUACACGCUCAACUCAAAGGUCUGGAGAAACUCACAAUGUUCAGUUUCCUGCCGUCGUUACUCAGUUUACAUGAGUCACAAGUGAAACUCGAUGAGUGGGGAGCUGCUAUCAAGCUACGAGAGGUAAAGAAGAAACUUCAGACACUGGCACCAGGGAAAGCAACUGGUAUCCCGCCAUUGAUGGUUUGGUAUGUGCGCUUGCAAGCCUCACAAUUAUCAAAGUUUAGUCUAUACUUCCAUGAGCAGUUGAAUAAACAAGCGCUACCAGGAGACAUGAAAACCCAUCUAUCAAAUCUCUCCAUUGAAUACUACACAAAAAUCGUAGCUUUUCAAAAGAAGUCUGACGCUCUCAACGUCUCAUUAGUAUUUGACACGCGGGGGUCAGAGGACACCUAUAAAGGUCACGGGUACCACCACCCUAACUCGUUCUUUGAACCACCCAAGGGGUUAUACUCCUACCCUGCAAUCUUCUCAUACCCAAUGGAGCGACCUGUUCAUUUAUGGCCUAAUGUGGUGAUGUUGUUGACGAGCCAGGCUGAGAGUGGACCCAUUGAUAGGAAUGUACACUUUUAUGACAAGACUCAACAGAUAACUUACUACAUAAGUCGAGUUGAUACCAAAAUGAGUCUGGUGAUUAUCUUCGAGGCUAAGAAAUCAGAAAGAGACACAACGAUCAACAACUUCCUACAGGAAAUGGGAACUCUGCUACGGGUCAACAAAUUAUUCGGCAGUUUAAGACAAGGAGCUAAAACAUAAUGGUCUCCAUGUGUAAAUAGAAUAGACUCCUUAGUCCUUGGCGUCUUGUAAAUAGAAUUUAAAUAAUGUGCAUCUUGAAAAAAAUGUCAUCGCGUUGAUAAUCAGGUAUCCAGGAUAUGUUCUUACUGCAUGUACAAAAGGUUACCUUUGAUCCCGUAUAUUCUGACACUAAGCUUUGGCGACUAGUGUCGUAGUCGCGACUAUUGAUUUCCUAGUCGAGUCGCAAAUACCGUUUUUCAUACCAACAAGUAGGACUGAUAUUGUCCAAACAAAAAGGUUUUUCCCUAGAUUUUUUUUUCCUUAGAAGCAAGAAGCUGCAAAUUCUGCAGAAAGUUCCUUGAAAUUAAACCAAUCUUUCCAUGUUUUGAUGAACAAAUUUGACAAUCUUGUAGUGGAUCUUAUUAUGUUGGGUCACAGUGCUGUGUGACCUCUUAAAACCAAAUCGUCGAACUGUCUGAUGCAAGUUAUUUUUAUUUUUAUGACUGCCCCCUCUGCUAGUAAAGUUAAAAUGGUUUAAGUCUUAUUGAGUACGCUGUCUAAACAUGGUCAUGGAGCAGUCACAUACAAAAUAAACUUGACAAGUGAAACAAAAUUAAUAUUUAAACAUGGACUUCAAAAUGUCCAAAGCCUUUCGUUUAUUAAACACUUUUUGUUUGUCAAAAGUACAAUAAAAUCACAGAGACAUUUACGUUUACUCUCUUAAGACAAUACAAAACAGUAAAAUCAGUAUUUUCCAUAAUCUUUUGGCAACUUUGACAUUAAACAAGUAGACCGAAACAAGACAUUACACUAUUGUCAGCAUUAAAAACUAAACAUAUCGGCAAAAAGGGUUUCGAACAUUUCUCCCAGCCCUGAAUAUUGAUACAAUACAAAGUUAGGCUUUCUUUCUUUCUUUUCUUUAAAGAGGCUGCAGCUUUCAAACAAUUGUUGAAGAUGGAAUUACCAUGGCAAUAAAUGUUUAUAAAUUUGUACAGUAACGGAGGAUUUUAAAACUUAACAAAAUUAUCUUAUGUCAAUGCAAAAAAGCGUUGUAUCUCCUAAAAUAGCCAUAAGUUCUGCAAAAAUUGUGAAAACAUUGUCUCUCGUUCAAAAGAGGUCAGAUGAACACACAAAACAGGUACAUGCUGAGUAACAACAUUUUUGCACCAACUCAACAAUUGUCUUUUGUUGUUUGGCUGUUGCUUCGACAUGUUUGAGCAAUAACAAACUCAUACAAAAUUUAAAAUAUGUUCCGUUCUUUUGUAACAAUCAUAGACAUGAGAUUUUUUGUUUUGUUAAGAAUUUAAUUUAAAAGUUGUAAAAUGGAAGUCCAGAUUAUUCUCUUAAUAACUUGAAUGAAUAAAGUAGCACUAUUCUAAGAA